GCCAUGCCGGACCGCCGCGCGCAGGAGCAGGCGGCGAUGCAGCGCGCGUUCGCGGCGCACGCGCUGCGCGAGCACCCCAUCGCGCCGGACGGGCACUGCCUGUUCGCCGCGGUGGCGGACCAGUUGGUCGUCAACGGGCUGCCUUUGCUGCCGUUGGCGGUGGGUGGGGAUGAUGAUGAUGAUGAUCUGGGUCAGGGCGGGCUUAAGGGUGAGAUGGGUGAGCGGGGUGCGGGUGGUGGCGGUGGUGGUGCGGCGGUGGAGGAUGGGUUGCGGCCGCACGUGCAGCCGUACAAGGUGGUGCGGCGGGCGGCGGCGGGAUGGAUCGAGGCGCACCGAGCCGAGUACGAGCCGUUUCUCGAAGAACCGGUCGAGGGGUACGUGGCCCGGAUACGCGACACGGCAGAGUGGGGCGGGCAGCUGGAGCUGAGCGCGCUGGCGAAUGCGUACGGGGUCGAGAUCCGCGUCGUGCAGGGCGCCGGGAGGGUGGAGGUGAUCAAGCCUUCUGCUGCUGAUGGUGACAGCAGUAGUGGGGAUGGAAGAGGAGAGGGGACCAAGACGCUGUGGUUGGCAUAUUAUCGGCACGGGUAUGGCCUGGGAGAGCACUACAACUCGUUGAGGAAGGCAGAGUAAUGGCUGGAAGGUGGUCAUGGUGGCCGCGACAGGAGGUCGGUGACGGACUGCCGGUGACAGAACUGCCGGGUGGUCCUCGCCGUGGCCGCGGUGCCGCAUCGCAAGAGCUAUACCUAGCUAGAUGGAAGUGAUCUACCGUGUAGACGCUCUAUCUUUGGCCACAGAUAUAUUCCGUACAUGCUGGGGUUCUCGACCUUGCAUUGUCUUCUCGGUUUUCUUCGUUGCACAAAGCGAGUCCGAGUCACCAUAGCCUUUCUUCCAUUUUCUCUCUUUCUCACGCCGCGAGUCCGCCAUGCAGCGUCUGCAGUAGUGUGCCCUUCCCACGCUCCCGUUCGCGCGG